AUGAGUGCAUCUUCGGCAGCCACAGAUCCCACAGUAGCGGGGACAAGACGCUAUCGGUCCAAGGCACAGCGACCAUGCGACCUAUGUCGCGCACGCAAGGCCCUGUGCAACAUUCCGGACCCGUUGCAGCCCUGCCAGCUAUGCAAGAGAAUAGGCCGGGAAUGCACCUUUGUUGGUAACCCCGGCAGGAGGCCAAAGGGCCGUCAAGCUGUCUCUCCCGCGUCUGUUUCCGGACCACAAAGCCAAUCACCCACUGAGAAUGUGAUGACUUUAUCCCCGGGUCUCAUGUUGGAAGCACAGCAAGACAUGUUAAAUGCGACAAAUAAUGCUGCUGAGGACCAACAUGCCGUCUCAGAGUUUAUCUGGCCUAGUAACAGCCCCUUGGACUGGGAUCUAGGAAACGACCAAUUGGCACAGAAUCUGGAGUUUCGAGGCUCACCGGCUGCAUUCUUACAGCCCCAAGAAAAUAAUUUAAUUCCUAGCGACGAAGGGGCUUUGCAACCUGCAACACAUGCGGCCAUGAAACUCCCAGACAUGGAGUAUGUUCACGAAAGAAGUUCAUUAGACGAACGUCCAAAUCACUCCACCACAUUAAUCGGACAUUCGAACGAAUCUGAUCCAUUCUUGGUAAAUCAUUUUCCUCACAAUGAUCAAGACGAGAUCGACUUCUUCAGAGUCACUUACCGAAAGGUCACUGGGGACAAGGGCCAGCCACUUCACUUCUUGCAAAGCCAGACUGGAACAGCCGCUGAAUCGCAAAGAGUUCUUGACGAGUGUCUCCCCAAAGUGGAUGAGCGGGAGAGAUUGGAAAAUAUCGUCGACAAGGUCACUGGAGCCUCACUAGUCAGGCUAUAUUUCAGAUUUGUCUUCGAAGCAUUGCCGAUCCUCUCUCGGUCACGUGUUCUUCCAGAUGUAGACAAAUUUGUUGCAGAGGCAUCAACAGGGCUGUUGGCGGGAAUCUACAUGCUGGCUUUGCCCUUCACACCAUGGGAUGAGACGCUGUGUAUGAACAAUGCGUAUACGAAACCUAGCGUUGAUGCGCUAUGGCAAAUCUCAUACGUCUGUCUUCAGAGGGAGUUGCACUUCCCGCGACUCUCGACCGUUCAGAUCUUCCUCUUGUUACUAAAUCAGGUAUCUUUUGAUUCCGUCUCAGUCGAGAACCCCUCUGCUUGGUCUAUGGCUGCUUCAUUGCUCGGGAUGGCGCAGUCGUUAGGUCUCAAUGUAGAUCCCAAAGGCUGGAACCUGCCAUCUUGGGAGAUAAGGCUGCGAAGAAGACUGUGGUGGUCUGUUUAUAUUGAGCAUACUUGGAGGUCUGUCACUCAUGGUCGGUCGUCCAUGAUAAGACAAGAUGACUGGGACGUAUCGUCUCUCACCGUGGAUGAUUUUGCCGUUGACCUUGCAACACGGACACUCCCUGGUGGAUGUCAGUCAUCAGACUACAUCAUACACCUCUGCUCAUUAACUAGGAUCGCCGAUGAAACAUGCCGGCUAUUCUUUUUCAGCACUCUUCGCGCAAUAUCGCAAUGCCCAACACUAGAGACCUUGAUUUCUCAAGCACGUGGCCCUCGGCAACAACUCCUGGACUGGCUGGACCAAUUACCUGCAUCUCUCCAAUUACACCCACAAACAGAGCCGUCUGCAGAGCACAGUAUAGAAAGUCAUGCUCCGUUAUACGUUACGUACUAUACCCUUCAUAUUCUCAUCUUUCGCGCCCUAUUGCGCCCCAUCAUAAGCACCGACAUCAACCCGAGUCUGCUACCAGCAUCCUCAAGCUCUAUCCUCCAGGCUUCACGAAGCUUGGUGCAGACCAUAACGAAAUUCAUCUGCGGGCUCGAUGUAAGACAUCAGUCCGGCUUUUGGCCGGCUUACACCAGACACUGUCUGUCAUACCCAGGACUGUUUUGCUACAUGCUGUCGCUACAGCAAAGCGAGCCGCACAUGCUGUCAUUUGAUCGGGCUUUACUUGAUACUUGGAGAAAAGCUUUGCGGACAAGAGUACAGUCGUGGCAAUUCUUGAGAUUUGCUAUUGUGAAGGUGGACGCAAUUUACUGGAAAGGCCUUCGAGAGCUUGCGUCUUAA